CUAGUCCAGCACCACUGAUCAGAUCAGCUGCUGCGGUCUCAGGAUGCUCACUGGAUUGUCUAAACUUUCCUGGUUGAUAUUUUAUAUUUCUGUAACUAUGGCAGAUCACUGACUAACUGACUAGCAAUUACGAAUACAGGCUAGGAAAAGUGAACAUAUAUCCGCAGUGCUAGCGUUAGCGAGCUAGCUAGUUGGUAAGUUUAAUGCUCCUGGCUAGCGAGCUAAACCUGACCCAGGACGGGGUUAUAUGCCUUUGUAUUCGCUUCAGACCGUGCGGGCGAUUAUAAAAUACACCCAUGCUGCUGCACGUACUUGAAAUCUUUUAAGCUUGACUACAGACAGAAGCUACAGCCAAAAUGAAUCCCAGUUCUCUGCAGACGCUGGAGGCGAGAGUGUGUGUGUCCUGAGAAAGCGUUAAGCAGAUCACCUUGAACAUGAGUAAGAAACCUCCUAACAGGCCUGGAAUUACUUUUGAAGUUGGAGCCCGAGUGGAAGCUCAAGACUAUUUACAAAAAUGGUACCCUUCACGUAUAGAGAAGAUUGACUACGAUGAAGGGAAAAUGCUUGUCCAUUUUGACCGCUGGAGCCAUCGAUAUGAUGAGUGGAUUUUAUGGGACAGCAACAGGCUACGUCCACUAGAGCGACCCACACUACGUAAAGAGGGGCUGAAAGAAGAGGAGGAUGUGACUGAGAGACUCGGUGAGAUGAGAUCAUCUCGCCUGCGUGAGCUUCCUGGCUGUACAGAGAACACAGAGGACCAAAAAGACAUGCCACAACAGAGACAAUUACAGGAACUGAAAGAUGGGGAAGAAGUUCUUGCCCGAUGGACAGAUUGCCGCUACUAUCCUGCCAAGAUUGAAAGUGUCAACAAAGAGGGAACCUACACAGUCCAGUUUUAUGACGGGGUGAUUCGCUGUGUGAAACGAAUCCAUAUAAAAUCCAUGCCAGAGGAUGCCAAAGGACAACAGGAUUGGAUUGCCCUCGUAAAGGCAGCCACAGCUGCAGCCAAGAGUAAAGGAGGCUGUAGGCCUCGCACCAGUGCCAACAGCAACAAAGAUAGAGAGGACAGAACAGAGCCCAGGCUUGAUGAACUCAAUGAUGAGGAUAACAACGCUGACUCGGACAGACUUGGCUCUUCUGAUGAGGAAGACUGCAAGCCAUCUUCUGAGGAGCUUGAAAUGGCUAAAAGAAAAAGAAGAAGCAGCAGACCAGGUAGUUUUAACAAUGUGAAAAGAGCGCGCCUCAACAAAACAGCAGGCUGUACCAAAACUGACAGUGACUGCAGAGAAGAUCUUCCCAUGGCAUCACAGAGUGGUCCGGCACCUGAAACUUGCCCUGGUGAUGAGCCAUUGCAGUCUGCUGUAACCCAAAGGCAUCCUGCAUCUCUCUCCAACACACCUCCAGGACCCUCUCGCUCUUGUAGACUAAAGCAUGAUUCAGGAGAGUCGACUAUCAGCAGCUUGAGCACAAGUACAGCAGCAGAGUCUAAACCUUCACCCAGCUCCAUUCACACCCUCUCAGAUGCACACACAGCCACUUCAAACUCUCCUCAGAGGCGCAGAAGAUCUCAGCGUCUUGCGACUUCCUUAGACCCAACCUGUCCACCCUCACCACCUAGCCGGGAUUCCAACCCCACCACGCCACAGACUGACAGUAGUCAGAGAGCAGAUGCUGAUAAUAGUUGCUUGGUGAAAGCUGAACCCUCUUUAAGCAAACCAGUCACUGGUACUCCUCCAUCGUCUGUUCCUUCUCCUGGAACUGCUCAAUCAGCAGUCACUGAGAAGGAAGGAAUGACUGACGUGUUGCUCGUCAGUCAUACGUUAGUGGCAGAGAGAUUGCCAGCUGUUGUAGCAGCUACUGGUCCAAAAACUGCUUCCAGGACCCAUAAACCCAACAAACAUGCCAGAGAGCCCAUAAUAAAUACCAAGCGAUCUGAUGACCCCAUGUCUCCUAAUGAGUCUCUGGUUGACCUGGACCAUAAUAAGUUCAAGUGUCAAAUUCCAGGCUGCUCUAAAGCCUUUCGGAAAGCCAAGCUGCUAGAUUACCAUCUGAAGUAUUACCACAAUAAUGAAAAAGAGCUGGAGAGUGAAGUGUGUUCACCUGAAAGAGGAGGUCGCACCAGGGCCACAUCUACUUCUGUACCCACCAGCAGCCUAGUGGAGAUACCGGACAGCAAGAGGCGCAGGACAGUCUCCACCUCCUCCUCUCUGUCCUCUCAGGGCCACAUGUUACAGCUGGACUGUGCUGGCUCUUGUCUGAAGCCCCCAAAGUUCUGUAGGAAGAAGCAUUCGUCUGCCUCUGUCAGCUCUGACAGCACUGAAGUCUCACUGCCCCCUUUACACAGAGAAAAGACUUUUGAGAACUUUAAUGACAAGAUCCUCAAGAGGGUCACUGAGAAAGAUAAACACUUGGAUCAAGGACUAUGUAUGAAGCCUGAAAGGAAAUUCAAAAUUGAAGAGAAGUGCCAGCUCAUUGGGAAAAAGAGGGAUAAAGAACGCAGAGAUAGAAAAGAAAAAGACCCUUUCAAACUCAAACAGAAGAAAAAGAAGAAGAAGAAGAAGAAAUCGAAGCAGUACUGUUACUCUGAUAUGGAAGAUGUCUCCAUGUCCUACUUGGAGAGACCAGCGUAUCUACUUCACCGCUCUUCCUCUAGCUCCUUUUCCAAGCACUCAGCCUUCCAGUUUCCUCGUGCCAUACUGUCGGUCGAUCUCACAGGAGAGAACCUAUCAGACAUUGACUUCUUAGAGGACUCCACCACAGAGUCUUUGCUGUUUAGUGGUGAUGAAUACAACCAGGAUCUGGACUCUCUCACAAUGGAGGAUUUCCAGGAUGAGGAGGACGAGUCUGCUAAUGAGAUUGUCCGUUGCAUUUGUGAAAUGGAUGAAGAGAAUGGCUUCAUGAUUCAGUGUGAGGAGUGUAUGUGCUGGCAGCAUAGUGUGUGUAUGGGACUGCUUGAGGACAGUAUACCUGAGCAGUAUAUUUGCUACAUCUGUAGAGACCCACCAGGACAGAGAUGGAGUGCCAAAUAUCGUCAUGAUAAAGACUGGCUAUAUAAGGGCCAAAUGUAUGGCUUAUCUUUACUGACGGAGAACUACUCGCAUCAGAACGCUAAGAAGAUUGUGUCUACACAUCAGUUACUCGCUGAUGUGUACAGUGUUAAAAAGGUGCUUCAUGGCCUACAGCUCAAGAUGGACAUCUUACAGAAUAAACACAAUCCCAGUUUACACUUGUGGGCUCGUUCUUGGGUGAACUCGGACGAGGACCAGCCUAUGGGCGGAGUUCCAGACUGCAUCAUGUUUCAGCAGCGCGUCAGCCAGAACUUAAAUCCUGAGACCUAUAUCACCAGUGAGCACAGCUACCAAAAGCCUUCUGGCGUGGGCCACCAACACAAACAUGAGCAGGGCUUCCAGACUGCCUCUCAGACACUGUCAUUUAUACCAAAGGAGGAGGAGGUGAGCAGUGCUAUCUCAUUGUCUGGCUGUGUGAGUGAGAGCAGCUCGGGGCAGGUGGAGCCAGCGAGAAACUGUCUGCAAUGGCAGAUGAACCUCCUCACACACAUUGAAGAUGUUCAGAACCAGGUGGCUGGCCGCAUGGAUCUCAUCGAGAAAGAGCUAGAUGUGUUGGAGAGCUGGUUGGAUUUCACAGGAGAAUUGGAGCCUCCAGAUCCUCUGGCCAGACUGCCUCAGCUUAAAUGGCGAAUGAAACAGCUGCUUUUGGACUUGGGGAAGGUACAACAGAUGAGCACAAUGUGCUCUGUGUGACAUGGUCACAGGUUGGAGGCAAACACUUAAGGGCUGUGUGUGUAUUUGUCAGAAACUUUAGGGCACAACAGCACAUACUUGUAGAACCUAAUGCACAGUGCAUACUUUUAAAGAACACAAUUAAAGAGAGUGUAGAUGAUGAUCCUGCGCAGUGGUUGUUCCUCCACCGUGCAUUAACAGAAUUGCAGGACGAGCAAGAGCUGUGCUCCUAAUACAGGUCUAAACCAUGCAGCGUUCAAGUGCUUGCUGUCUCAACAACGCAUGAAGAUGAGGACAAUGUUCAGCUUAUUCAAAACAACAUAGUGUGUUUACUUGCACCACUCGCAAUCAUAAAUAAUUGAAACGAUCUUUGAAAAAUAAAAAAAUACAUGAGCAAAGUGGUGUUUUCUUUCUUAUCUCUUGUUAGAAAUGCUUCUCAGAAUAAUGUAUCACCAAAAGGCACACCAGUUGUGCUGUAACAGAAUAUUUAGAAUUGAUUCAUCAUUGGAGUUUUCAUCUGAAGAAGUUAAAGAAAGAAUGGUUCUUAAAUACUAUGUGUUUGUGUUACUGGAAUGAAUGUAUUUGGGCGAAAGUGAUGUUUGUAACACUUGAGGAGUAAAUUGUUACUUAUAACACUUACUUAGACACAGGAUAAACCACCACAGAUUAAAAUUGAGAUGAAAAAACCUACAAUAUAUAUGUCGAUUGUCCGGUUCGGACAUUUUCUGUGUCAGUGUCCACAUAAUUUUGAAAUUAUUCAGAUGGUUGUCUGCAGUACUAGUUGAUCCUGAUGAUGUGCUGCUGAACAAUCCAUUCCAACAAGUAAUCUGGUCCAGGCACCUAGUCCAGAAUGGGUGUAUACGUCUCUUCACCCCCAAACUCCUCUGUUAUAUUCUUAUUAUCCAACUUUUUGCUUCUGAAAGCUUUGUCAUUUUGAUUGUCCCCAGUGCAGUAAGCUAGUGUGGAGCUGAAGGCAAAUAUAUUUUACAAGGAUGUUAGCGUGGCUUUUAUUUUAAAUGUCUAUCAUGCUUCUAUGUACUGUAAAGAACAGGAAAGAAAACGAGGCAUAGUAGGACAAUAUAUACUUGAACAUGUCUGUUUUAUUCAACAUUUAUAUUAAUCUGUAUAAAAGUGUUGAAGUUGAUUUUGUAAAAUCUGAAGUUGAUUUUGAUGAGAUACCAGCUGUACAUUAGAGUUUAUUUAAAAUCUUGAUGCAACUAACUUUAUGUACUUCAAUAAAAGAUAUUCUGACUAUU